CAAGACUGUUCCAAACUUCUUUAUUAUAGAAAUGCUUCACCAUCUACCUCUGCACCGUCCCCAAUAUUUUCAUACAAAUAAGUCACACACAAAAAUGCUUAAUUAUAUUUUCCCGUGGUAUUAAGGGGCUCUCUCAUGAGCUAAAUACACUUUAAAAUCAAAUUCAAGUCAAGUCAGAUAAGUAGCCGGUGAUGACUUUUCUCAGUUUUCGCCAGAUAAUUUACUUCACUUUUCAUCAAGGUCAGAUUACGGGCGUGACUGGAUGGCAGCAAAGUACCUAAAAAGGCCGUGAAAUGUGAGAUAUUCCUCUGCGUGGUCGAGUUUAAAGCUGAAGUAUUCAUUUACGAGAAGGGAGCAUCCUACAACGCAGUACUGUUAGAGAAAUGGCUUGGUGAAAGCAUUAUGGACAAGGCCUGUAGUCGCUGGGUGACAUGACUCCUUAUAACCCGAGGUUCACAAGCUACAGUUGCCCUUGGCCGCCGCUUGUCGAUAUUUGGGAGGAGGGACAGCGGCCACCGGUGUGCUGUUUGCGGGAGGAAGGACCGUAAUUCUUCGUUCAGGCCAGAAAACCACCUCCAGAAUCAGUCGGUCGGGCGUGUUCGGCCAGCACACGGAAACAACAGAGCGACACUGCACCGCGUCUGUUCCCUCGGCGUGUGGGAAAUCCGGCUGGGCUCGAGUCAGGCUUGAGCCGGGGCUUGAGCCGGGGCUUGAAAGCGCGACCGACCGCCCGACCGCCCGAGCGCUGCUGGUCGGCCGAAAGGGGGAGUCGGGUCGGGUCAAAAUGGCGCCCCGUCGGUGCUUCACGGCCAAGGACAAGGCCCUGCUCUCCGUGCUUGUGAAGACGAAUCCCAUCCUGCAGAGCCACGCAGCCGACGCCACGACGGCGCACAAGAAGGCCAAGAAGUGGAGGGAGAUCGCGGAGAUUUACAACGCCAACUGCAAGGGCCAGAAGAGGAACGUCGAGCAGCUGCGGAAGUGCUGGAAAAACAUGAAGUUCAAGGAGAAGCAAUUCAGUGCGUCUGCCGCAAAUGCAGUCAAUAACCAAGGUGGAUUAUCCCAGUUGCAGGAUGUGAAUACAUCAAGUGAAUUGGAUGAUCCAAUUCAUUUAGGGAGCGAUGAUGAACCUGAAUAUAUUUUGCCUUCUGUGCAUGAUGACAGUCCUGACAUGAUCGAGAGUAGUAUGCAGGAAGACGUCUUUCACAAAACUGGCUGUACCAUCGUGGAGGGUUUGGAGAAUGCCGUGAUUGUAGAGGAUGAUCACAAUCUCUCAGACCACAACUCCCCUGCCACGUUUGUAAGGAUUCUGCCCAAGCCACUUGCUACCAAUAUACAAACAAAUGACAUAGAGGAGGACUCGAGGAUAGAAUAUUCUGCAGCCAGAGAGAUGUCUCCACACAUAGUAGCAGACAACCUUUCAAGGCCAGCUUCAGCAAAUUCCAGUGCGAGUGAACCACAGCCACCCCAAGCCAAGCAGACACGCAAAGUCCCAAAGAAAACGGUGCUCAAAUACAGCAAAAAGUCAAGUGAACUUAAUGGUCCCCUAACCACAAGCAUUGCAAAAGAGAAAAUGGUGUCUUCAGAAUAUAAAAAGAAAAUAGAGUACUUAGACCUCAAGGUGAAACUACUUCUAGCUGAGGAAGAGAGGAAAAAAGAGAAGCACAAAAAGGAAAUGUAUCUCCUAAAUGCUCAAAUACAGUACUGGAAAGAGAGAAGGAGGGAUCUGUCUGAAGACUUUAUAGUGCCUUGACUGACUGAACAUUCUGUGUACAUGUAUAUAGUGUAUACACAGUAUAAAUAAAUGUGUAUAUAUAUAUAUAUAUAUAUACUUCUAUAAAUAUAUCACACAUGUCAACAUUGUGUGUGUCUUAUCAGAAGUUUUUAUUUUGUAUAUGUAAAUAUGUAAUCUAUAUAUUAUAUUUUAGAGAUAACAAAUAGUAGACAAACAAGUAUCCACUUACCAGUACAUAGAAAAAAAAAAUGUAAAAGCUAGAAGCAUUUCAUUAUUUUGCUCUUCCAAUAGCAAAGGGUACUUGUUCACAAUGAACGUCCAGUUACUUGCCCUCUUUUGUAGGGAGAAAAAACUUGUUACCUAAAGUGAGGGAUGUCCGUCUCACUUCCUUUUCCAAAGAUGUGAUUUCCACUUUAUAAAGUAUUUAUUUUUAGUAUAAUGACUUCUGUAUAUUAUUUUUAG